CGUCUCGACGGGUGUUUGCAUGCAAAAUGUUCGUCAUCGUCGCAGUAGUCCGCAGUUUGACGCAUCGGGUCCGCGAAAAACACUCACAGACAUACUGAAAUCUCUGCAACGUCAUAUUAUUUUAAUCAACUGGUCUUCGUCUCACUCGAAUUUACCUUAUUAUAGUUUGUUCGAGUAGAGCAUACCUACAGUCCGAAAUUAUUAUUCAGUUGUGUCUUACUUGAUGUCUUCAAGUCAUCGACUUGAUAAUUCAUCAUAUCGACGGAUAUAUGAGCUUUUUAAUCACAAACAAACUACAACUGAAGACAGACAUCCCGUCGUCACGCGGUAGUUUUUAACGGCGGACCGUCGUGCAAGUCGCGCACUUGCUCGAAAAUCAAAUUAGUUUUGAUCUUUUUUCGUAACGCCUAAAACCGAACGUUCCUUCAGUUUUCGAUCCAAGAAGACAUUUACCGUGUACGGGCGUACGGCGCUGUACGUUCUGCACUGAUAAGACGGACAAUUAAUCGGAUCGUGUUCACGGCAAAAACCUAUUAAUGUCAAUUAAACUUUAAAGGUUCUAACUUUUCUCGUUAUUCUUAUUCUGUUCUGUGGUUCUCUAGUCGAUCUUAGGCGGCAAAGAAGACGAAGACGACGACGGCAGUGUGACCAUUUGUCCGGCGCUCGAACUCGUUUCGGUCCGUCGACAGCGUUGACCGUGGCCUGCAGCGUGCGUCCGUCAACGAUAAUAUUAUUGUAUACAACUGUUUUCGUGGUGUGCGCGCGUGCGCUCGAGUGUGUAUAUUGUGUUUACCAUAAUAUAUCGUCAUUAUCAACGCGUAUCGCCCGAUUAUCAUUUCAUUACCAAUAAUAAUAAUAACAAUAUAAAAAGUAAUAAUAAAUAAUAAUAAUAGUGUUUUUAGUUUUAUGUGCGCCAGUGUUGGGUUUAAUGUCACUUCGCGAAUCUCUCCGUUCAGUCUUCCGAUCGAAAAACUAGCACGCGCGGAACUGGUUUCGCGACUUCGCCGCCGACUACAACUACUACGACGACAACAGCCUAAUUGUAUCGCACGUUCGCAAAAUCAAAUUCCGCGGCGUACGCGAUUUGUGAAAUUUGUGUCCGCCGCUGUUAUGACGGAUCGUCGUCUGACGAGAUCCCGAUUCGCCGAAAACCGUUCCGGUCGUCCACGUUAACCCGGGAAUACCAGUGAUCAAACGGUCAUUAAUUGCAAUAAAUCAAUGUUCUGUCACGGAUAGAUUGGAUCAAAUGGUCGUUGGCCAAUCGUUGAACAAACACUGGAAAAAUGGAUCACGGGUAUCAAAAUACUGGCAGAACCCAUUUUGGAACAACUCCUCAACAAUUGGUUACCCAUUCGUUUUGCGACAGAGCUUCGCCAGUGUCACCCGUCACAAACUUUGGAAGUUACUCUUCAUUUGUGCAACACGUAAAAGAUGACAACAAUAUGAAUUCAUUACAGCGCAAGGCACAAGUGAAAUUAAAUGCCAUGCCAUGGUUUCAUGGAAAAAUAUCAAGAGAGAUGGCUGAAGAUUUGCUAACACCAAAAGAAAAUGGUCUAUUUCUGGUUAGAGAGUCAACUAACUAUCCAGGAGAUUAUACACUUUGUGUUUGUUACAUUGGCAAAGUAGAACAUUAUAGAGUAAAGUACAAAGACAAUCAACUUACAAUUGACGAUGAAGAAUUUUUUGAAAAUUUAUCACAAUUAGUUGAACACUACCAAAAAGAUGCUGAUGGACUAUGUACACAAUUAACCAAGAGUCUACCUAAAAAAGGCAAACAAGAAUUUUGUAUUGAUACCAAAUCUUUUAUUGAUGCCGGAUGGGUUAUACAAGAACAAGAAUUACAGUUAAAUGAAACAAUUGGCAAAGGAGAGUUUGGUGAUGUAUUAUUGGGAGUGUACAGAGGAGAAAAAGUAGCUGUUAAAAUGUUGAAAGACUCUAGCGUAGAAGCCCAAAAAUUCCUAACAGAAGCUUUACUUAUGACGUCUUUGAGGCAUGAAAAUUUGGUUGAACUUCUUGGACUCGUAUUAAAUGAAAAACACCUAUUGCUAGUUACUGAAUACAUGGGUAAAGGGAGUCUAGUUGAAUAUUUACGAUCAAGGGGAAGACUUCAUGUCACUAAAAAAGAUCAAAUUAAUUUUGCAGUUGAUACAUGUAGCGGUAUGGAGUAUUUAGAGUUUAGAAAAGUAGUACAUAGAGAUUUAGCAGCUCGAAAUGUAUUAAUAUCAGAAGCUGGAGUAGCUAAAGUAGCUGAUUUUGGAUUGGCACGUGAAGAAAAUUAUAUUGUAGAUGCUGGAAAAUUGCCCAUCAAGUGGACUGCACCUGAAGCACUUAGACAAGGGGUGUUUUCAAAUAAAUCAGAUAUGUGGAGUUUUGGAGUUCUACUAUGGGAAAUUUAUUCUUUUGGUCGAGUUCCUUACUCCAGAAUACCAUUAAUUGAUGUAGUAAAGCAUGUAGAAAAAGGUUAUCGUAUGGAAGCUCCUGAGUGUUGUCCUCCGGAAAUAUAUGAAAUCAUGAGACAAGCAUGGGACUUAUUGCCUGAUCGAAGACCAACGUUUAAGGAUGUUAAGACCAAACUAGCACAGUUAAAAGUUGUAACUAUUAACUAAGAGUUACAUUUACUAAU